CUCCCCCUUUCAGGCUUUCACUCGCGCAUAGCUUUCCCGGUUCUCCCUUGAAAACCCUAGCCUCCAUUGCGCCGCCGUUGGUCUCACCGUCGCCGCCUGGUUCGUCGUGCUCGAAGGCCCUCCCGUUCGCCCAACGCCAGAGUCUCCAGGUUUUGCUCCAACGUCGUCCGUCCGUCGCGUUCGCCGCCAGCUCCCCGUCGUCCGUCUCCAGUUCACCAGUGUUCGUUGCCAGCUUCCCGUCGUCCGUCGCUCUCCCUCAAAUCUAUGGUCAUUGCCCUCGCCGAAGUUGAACCAGUUGGACCAAUGAACCAGUAACUAGAGCGGUUUGAUGACUGGUUCGGUUUUCAGAACCUUGAUUAAAACACAGCAGAGGCAGUGCUGAAAGCCUCAACCUUCUCUGUUGCUGCCUCUCAGCGGCCCACGUCUCGUCGCCGCGCUGCUCACAUCUUCCUCUGCAUCACCGCGUCCCUCGUGUCUUCCACUGUGCCUCACUGUGUCUUGGUUCUCUGUCUCCCUCUUCUCUGCGUCCGGCCAAGGUGAGUUUCUUUUUAGUUAUUCAAUUAUUAAUUUUUAAUGAUUUGGCCAUUUGGGUAAUUGUUGCUGCUUAUCCGGUUUUAACGUAGCUGCAAUGGUUACUUUUUGCUGAUUCUGACCCUCUCUGCUUCGUGCUUCCUCUGGCUUUGGUUCUGUGAUCGGAAUACUGUGACACUUUAUUGGAACACUGAGGCUUUUGUUCUGCUUCUGAACUUCGCAGAGUAGGAUCGGGUCAACCAGUUUAAGCUGUGAAGUGACCUAGUAGUCUGACUGGUUCAAUCAUCGAUUCAGUUCUGACAAGUAUGUCUGUGACUUAGCAAAGCCAAAAUGCUCUCCAAACUACGAUUCCUGAACCACUUUGUCCGCAAGAAUCUUUCUACACGAACCACCGCUUUCAGUGGCUUCUACCGCUUCUCCAACAGUGGCGCUUUCUGCACCGUGGCUGAUUCAACCACACAGCCAACCCCCGAGUCGUAUGAACUCCCUGAUUGGGUCAAAUUCUCUGACAACCCAACCUCUCCCAAUGGCGACUACGACGAAGACUUUGUUAUCCCUUCACUUGCUCCUUGGGUCGACGGCCACCUCCUUCAUCCCACUCCCAAAUUUGUCAUCACCCCAACUUCCCAGCCAAACAACCUUGAAGAGGUCGAAGCAAUCACCACCCUUCUAAAGGAAAAGCACCCAUCUCCUGAGAAAGUUGCUCAAGCACUUGCUCAACUGAGUGGUUUUAAGGUUUCAAAAGGUUUGGUUGAACAGAUUCUGAAGAGAUUCAGUAAUGAUUGGGUCUCGGCUUUUGGUUUUUUCUCAUGGGCUAAAGUUCAAACAGGUUAUGAGCAUUCUCCUCAACUAUACAAUUUCAUGGUCGAUAUCCUGGCAAAGUCGAAGAAUUUCGAUCUCAUGUGGGAGUUAGUGGAGGAAAUGGCUCAUCUUCAACAAGGGUAUGUUACCUCGGACACAUUGGUUAAGGUUAUGAGGAGGCUUGCAAAGGCUGGCAAGCAUGAAUAUGCCAUUGAAGUGUUUCGCAGAAUGGGGAAGUUUGGGGUCAAACAGGACACAGCAAUGUUGAAUGCUCUCAUGGACGCAUUGGUGAAAGGGAAUAGUGUUGAGCAUGCCCAUGAUGCUCUUUUGGAGUUCAAGGGUUCGGUUCCCUUGAAUUCCCAUUCUUUCAAUGUUUUGAUACAUGGGUGGUGCAAAGUUAGGAAAUUUGAAUGGGCCAAGAAAGCAAUGGAGGACAUGAAGGAACAUGGGUUUCACCCUGAUGCAUUCUCAUACACUACUUUCGUCGAAUCAUAUUGCCGCGAGAAGGAUUUCCGCAAAGUGGACCGAGUUAUGGAGGAGAUGAGGAAAAAUGGUUGCACGCCUAAUGCUGUGACUUACACAAUUGUGAUGCUUGCUCUUGGGAAGGCAGGGCAGCUCAAAGAAGCUUUGGAGUUGUAUGAGAAGAUGAAGGUUGAUGGGGGUGUGCCUGACACUGCAUUUUAUAGCUCCUUGAUAUUCAUUCUUGGCAAAGCUGGUAGGAUUAAAGAUGCUCGUGAUGUGUUUGAGGAUAUGCCAAAGCAAGGUGUUGUGAGGGAUGUGAUGACUUACAAUACUAUGAUUAGUAUUGCUUGUACUCACCAGAGGGAAGAGACUGCCCUGAGGUUGCUCAAGGAGAUGGAAGAUAGCACAUAUAAGCCUGACCUUGAGACAUAUCAUCCAUUGUUGAAGAUGUGCUGCAGGAAGAAGAGGAUGAAGGUGCUCAGGUUUCUGUUGGAUCACAUGUUGAGAAAUGAUUUAAGCCCUGAAGUGGGAACUUACACGCUUUUGGUGCAUGGUAUGUGUAGAAGCGGAAAGCUUGAGAGCGCUUGCUCAUUCUUUGAGGAGAUGGUGUUGCAGGGAUUAACCCCAAAGGAAGUCACGCGGAAGCUCCUGCUGGGAGAACUCGAGUCCAAGAACAUGAUCAAAGAGAAACAACACAUCGAGGAUUUGAUGGCACGGGUCCAACGCAACAAUCUCGUUACUAGUUAGUGGUGUUUUCGGAAGCAGGAUUCAGUUCCAAGAAAGCAAAUUUUCCCUCCCAUGAGAAAAAGGAACCUACAUAUUCUGAAAAUGAUACCAGUAACAGUGGUUCCUAUCCUUUGCAAAGUUGGAUUCAUUAAUUUUGUAUGCUAUAAACACCUAUUUUGUAAUUUUAAGGCAAGUGCGUUUUAUAAUACUCAUGGUAUAAAAUUCCAUUAAAGCUCUAGCGGACAGUGGAAGGAAAUCACCCAGAGAGGGGAGGAAAAAAGAAAAGAAAAUCUCCAAGAUUGACAAGCAUUUUGUGUUGGAUCUAUUAUUCUAUUUUUUUUGGGUGAUUAGAUCUAUUAUUCUAUUUAAAGUGAAAAAUAUUAAUAUCAAUUAAUUUCUAAUUUUCCUUCACUUUUCUUUGAUGAAACAAUGUACA